AUGUUGCCAACACCCCCACAAUCACCACCGCCUGUUUCUAUAUGCGAUGCUCCAGAGGAUAGGCUCGGUUUGCUGCUCGCCAACCGGCUGGAACUCACAAGCGUUCUUGGGGUAGGUGCCUACGGUGUUGUUUAUUCUGCUAUCGACAUCCAUACCCAUGUGCCGUACGCAGUCAAAGCUCUCAACAAGGCAGGACUCGACUCCAGGCAGCGGAAGUUUCAGCAACGGGAAAUCAAACUCCAUCAUUUGGCUAGUCAGCAUCCCAAUGUGGUUUCUUUGGUCCGCAUAAUGGAUUCUCUUGAUUGUACUUUUGUUGUUAUUGAGUUUUGCCCAGAAGGCGAUCUUUUCUCCAAUAUUACUGAGAGAGGUCAGUUUGUUGGAAACGAUUUCCUUACCAAGCGAGCUUUCCUCCAGAUUUUGGAUGCCGUGCAGUAUUGUCACUCCAUUGGAAUCUAUCACCGGGAUCUCAAACCAGAGAAUAUUUUGGUUGCCGAUAAUGGAAUGACGGUUAAGCUGGCCGACUUUGGCCUUGCUACAACCGAUUUCUACACCUCGGAUUUCGGAUGCGGCUCGACGUUCUAUAUGUCACCAGAGUGUCAAGAAUCUACGACUCGACCGUAUGCUUCUGCACCAAAUGACGUAUGGAGCCUAGGUGUUAUCCUCGUCAACUUAACCUGUGGGCGGAAUCCUUGGAAACGAGCAUCCACCGAAGAUUCUACUUUCCGUGCGUAUCUUAAGGACCCGGAAUUUCUCCGGACAAUUUUGCCCUUAUCAUUCGAACUGAAUUCCAUUUUGAGGCGCAUUUUCGAAUGCGAUCCCCAAAAGCGAAUUUCAAUUUCGGAGCUGCGGAAAUUGAUUGUGGAGUGUCCGAGGUUCACUCUGCGGCAUGGAACUCCCGUAUCUAUGCCACCAACACCACCUUGCCAGAGCUAUCAAUACCAGAAGAAUUCCCGUUGCCCUGUUAGUUUUGUUCCUUACCCAGUCUCGCCUCCAGCAGAGCCCAUCGAAGCCGAAUAUUCUAUGUCAGCCAUUUCUGAGGCUUCUCUCUCCGACGGCGGCUCCUCUAUAUCAUCUUCUUCUUCGUCUUCAUCCGAGUAUGCGCCUUGCAGCCAAGCACCGAAUCACUUGAAAUAUGUGCCUCCCAUGCCAUCUAAUUUCUGGGGAUCCUUCGUACCUUUCACCGACAUUGCUGAGAAGAGUCUUGCACAGCAACAUCCCAUGGAACCCGUCAUUGCCGUAUAUUGA